UUCCCCGGCUUAGCUGUAUAACGGGCUGGUUACAGAAAGCUGAGAGCGGAGCUGCCCCGUUGUCUUCAUCCUCCGGCUUCAUGUCGACAAAGAUCGGUUGCAGGGAAGAAGCAUGGAGUGAGUGUCGCCAUAGGGAGCAUCCUUCCCUGCCACGCAGCUUGAUUCCAUCAGCCUCAGGAUGGGAUACCACUUUAUGAAGGCACUGUGACGAGAAGGUAGACAGUUUGCACAAGAAUGACCAAGUCACGGCUGUUCUGUUUUGUGGUGGUGUUGGGUUCUGUCUUUAUGAUCCUUUUUAUUAUCGUUUACUGGGAUAAUGUUGGUACAGCCAAUUUUAACCUCCACACUUCCUUCUCCAAAUCCCUCCCUCCACACUCAGGCUGGGGACGCACGACAGCCUCUCCAACCACAGAAAAUGAACAUGCUUCGGACAUUGACAGGUUUUUAGAUAGCUUUCUUAACUUUGCAACCACAAACAAUGAUUUUCAAAGCACAAAGGCUGGAAACGAGCCCUUAAAAGGCCCACAUAGCUUGGAGGAAAAUGUUAGGGGUUAUGACUGGUCUUUUAAAUCCAAACUCGAGGAGGGUGCACAAGAUCAGGAGCUGGUGCAGCAGGAGAGGAAUUUCAUUUUGCACAGGUUCUGUGAUAACUCAAGCUUCAAUUUCCCAACUAAAAGCCGAGAGUUUGACGACAUUCCCAACAAGGAAUUGGAUCACCUGAUAGUGGAUGAUAGACAUGGAGUUAUUUAUUGUUAUGUGCCGAAAGUAGCCUGUACCAACUGGAAACGGGUAAUGAUUGUCUUGAGCGAGAGUCUCUUGGACAAAAAGGGUGUUCCUUACCAAGACCCUUUACUGAUUCCCCGGGAGGAUGUCCACAAUAGCAGUAGUCAUCUAACUUUCAACAAGUUCUGGCGAAGGUAUGGAAAGUUCUCUAGGCACAUGAUGAAGAUUAAAUUGAAAAAAUACACCAAAUUUAUCUUUGUGCGAGAUCCUUUUGUUCGCCUUAUCUCUGCCUUCCGCAGUAAGUUUGAGCUAGAAAAUGAGGACUUCUACCGGAGUUUUGCUAUACCCAUCUUAACCCGCUUCUCCAACCGAUCCAGCGUUCCUACUUCUGCAGGUGAGGCCUUUUCCUUAGGAACCAAACCAUCUUUCUCUCAGUUUAUUCAGUACCUUUUAGAUGCCCGGACUGAAGAGCAGCAACCUUUCAACGAACACUGGCGCCAAAUUUACCGCCUUUGUCAUCCUUGCCAGAUUAAUUAUGACUUCAUAGGCAAGUUGGAGACACUCGAUGAGGAUGCACCUCAACUUUUAAGGCAGUUAAACAUAGACUCCCUCUUCCAGUUUCCUCCUAGUUAUCGAAACAGGACUGCUAGUAGUUGGGAGGAGGACUGGUUCUCCAAAAUCCCUCUUGAAUGGAGACAAAAGCUCUACAAAUUAUACGAACCAGACUUUGUUCUUUUUGGAUACCCUAAACCAGAAAACCUUCUAAAUGUAUGAAACCGUCAGAGAAUAUUUUUCAAUACCAAAUAUGAACAAUGUUUAUUUGCCUUUUUGUCAGGUUUUCCUAAAAAGGAACAUAUUUUCUACAAGUUUCUCAACUUUUUCCAUUUCAUGCUCAACAAGGGAUUUUGCAGCUUUCGCCUUGUUUGGAUUUAUUGUGAUGGCA